AUGGGCGUGGUGGUUUACGCGACAGGACCAGAAAGGUGUCUUCUGCUGAGCGACCACGUCUCCAGAAGGGACAGGUCUCCGACGGCAGCGCAACCAACGUACACGUCCUCUCGGCACGGGGAACGGCCCUUGGAAUACCACUCUUCGUCGUCGUCGCUAUGUGAGCAGCUGGCUGCGAGGUCCCGUGGUGGAUCAGCGAAGGAAUUCGCUCGUCUCACGCCGAGCAACCUGGCUCGCUACCAGAUGUAUUUGUCCAGGACAGAAGAAAGUGCCUCGUCCAUCGAGGAGGUGGUGCGAACGCGGUCAGGUCGGACGCUUCGCAUGAGGCCCACUAGGUGCCGCCUCCAGGAGCGCCCUCGCAAGAAGCGUCAUGUGCUGCAGAGCAUGGCCCGGCCCCUGAAGAAGUGGCUUAUCCGGCACCGGGACAAGCCGUACCCAAGCAAGGCCGAAAAGCUAGCGCUGGCGCUCGGCUCGCACAUGACGCUCGAACAGGUCUCCAACUGGUUCGCCAACGCGCGGCGAAGGCUCAAGAACACGGUGUACGUUCCAGGCAUGAACUGGGGUGACCGCAUUCGGCAGUACAACAACUUCAUUUCGGGCAACACCGAGCCGCUGAGCAUCAGCUCUGACGACAGCAUCUGGGACAGUGACUGCGAGCAGCGUGCUGGAGAAGGUGACAACGGGCUCGUCGAGGAGCGGGACAACAGUCCGCUUCAAGGUGCGGCGCGACAAACCCACGCGCGUGCCGAGCUGUUCGAGCACAGUUAUUCGGCCACUUCUUUGGGGCAAAAGGGCCCGGCGCCGGGAGGAAGAACAGCUCACGCUGCUGCUGCUGCGGCCAUGAACCGACCGCAAGCGAAGCGGCUGCGCUGCAUCGAUGGUGAUCUAGGUCCCGGCGGCAAGCGACCGCGGCCCUCGUGUGACUCGGACAGCCCGUCGGACUCGGACGACGAAUCCACCACCGUCGCAGAUGGGGUCGAGACAUCUCGACUAGAAACGCCUCCUCCCGCUACUCAAUGUCGUCAGGUCGUCAGCUCGCCUCAAGCCCCGCUGUCGGUGCCGCCGUCUGGCGUGAAGCGGAGACUGUUUGACUCGGAAGAGAGCUCCAAGCGAAUGUCGCCGGCCUUCAAGAAGUACAAGACGCGCAUGCUGCAGCGAUACAUGGGCGCCAACCACCCCCGAGACCCUCCGGCACGCGAGACAGGGUCGACCGUCCAGACAUCGAGCAAGCAGUCGCGACCAACCGCCAAGCGGCCGCGCGAGGUACAGGAACAGCAUGACCGCCCCACCGAAUCAAGAAAGGCUGUGCCGGAAGGCCAAAGACCAGCGGCGAAGAAAAGGAAAUAUGUCGGCGAACCGUCCAGUGUUGCCAGUCUGCGGUGGACGGAGAUAGAAGCGGCCGAAGCGCUGACUCACCUCUCGCAGUCUUCGACGCUGUGCUGGACACAGCAGCCACAACAGCAGCGCGUCUCGUAGCCAGAGUUGUCUGCGUGCUGUUAUGCCUGCACGAAUAAUGCGCGUGAUAAUACCUGUCUGUGAUAUCGACACCAUCGUUCGCCGCGUUACACCGCAUCUC